AUGUAUGAUAAACAGCGAGCAUGUGAAUUGAUUGUACGGCGUGUAAAUCUCUAUGGGCGUGUCACAUGUCUUCAAAUGGCGCUUGCUGCAGAUGAUAAGAAAUUUUUAUAUGAAGAUGCUUGUCAAACUGUGUUAAUGAAUAUUUGGUACGAUAAGGUCGAUCCUGUGAGAGAGCGACCAGUUCUUGCUGUCAAUUUCCUUACAUUGGGAAUAUCGCAGAUUUUCAUCUCGAUCUAUGAAAAGUACAAUUUGACCUCUGCUAGAAUAACAUCAGCAACUCAGACAUAUACAUCAAUGCAUUCAAAGCGACAAUUGAAAAAAACCGGUAUUGAUUAUACGAAUGAUUAUGGCAAAAAUGAAACAGUAUUUCGACAUUUUCUCCAUUUUCACAAUCGACCCAUAGUCAAAUAUUUCUAUACUUGUUUUGGCUAUGCUCUCUUCCUGCUCUGCUUCAGUUAUUAUAUGCUCUACGCAUUUGAUCCACUUUCAAACGGAACUCUUAGAAUUCAUUGGACCGAAAUAUUAACUAUCAUUACAGUGACUACUAUGCUCGUAGAAGAAGUUCGACAGUUUUUCUUUCAAGAUAAUAAAUCGUUGAUAGGCAAGAUAUAUGCUUACUUUGACUUACGUAAUCGAGCAUCUAAUCUGUGUCUGGUUCUACCCGCAUAUGUUCUCUUCUAUAUCGGACUUGUGCUUCGUUUUACACGGACAGAUCCCGAUGAUUUUGAAUCGGCGAGAAUAGUGAUGGCUUAUGAUUUGGAAUUGUGGUUUAUUCGUUCUGUUCUAUUCAUUGAAAUUGCUUCACAGCUUGGUCCCAAGCUUGCAAUGAUUCGGAAAAUGGAUUUUUUUCGCAAUGUGGUUUAUCCAGCUUAUUAUUUCGUUCUUGGCAGAUUCGAUGAUGAACUUUCGCAGUUAGAUGAUAAACCGAAUGACAGUGGUAGUAUUGCCACUCAAGUUAUGUUCGCUUUUCACAUGCUUUUUGUCAAUAUACUUUUGAUUAACUUACUAAUUGCUUUGUUCAGUUUCACCAUAAAUGAUAUACAAGCACAAGCCCGUUAUAUUUGGGCGUAUGCUCGGUGUGACAUCAUUCGUAAUUACUAUGCUCGUCCAGCAUUAUUUCCUCCGUUUACGAUUAUCAUCUCGUUUGCACAACUCUGUCGAUGGUGUUGGCUAAAAUGUUGUAGAAACCAUUCUUUUGAUGAAACAGAUGAUGACGAGUCAUCUCAAUACUUUGCAAUGAUACCAAUGAAUGAUGAUACCGAUCGUAUAUGGUCAGAUUUCGAACGAUACUCAACGAAUGAUUACAUUCGAAAAUUGCUCGAUACACAAACGGAUUCAGCUACCAAUGCUAUGACCGCUGACAUUGUAUCUAAAUCGUUAUCAUCUAAUACCGAUGAAUCAAACUGGGUCAAACAUGAUGUGAAUCAAUUGAAAGAAGUUCCAACCCACACACAUGCUGAUAUGAGCAACAAAUUAACAUCGAUGGGACAAACAGUCAAUGAUUUUCAAUCACAGUUCAAACAGAUGGAUAAUCGUUUUGACAACAUUAGGACGGAAAUGAAAGAGGUGAAAGACUUGCUGAAUUCGCUGAUGGCAGCCAUGAAUCAUGCAAAAAUGGGCAAUUAA